AAUUUCACCGGCCCCGAUGAUCUGAAUCUAAUAAUCGUCAAAAACACAUGUGUAGAAGUCUUCGAUGUGACUGUUGAAGGUCUAAAGCAGUUGCGCGAUGUUCCUGUUAAUGCAAAGAUUGUGUCAGCCCUCCUCUUCCGGCGAAAGGGCCAGAAGUCAAGCUCUCUCUUUCUGCUCACUGGUAACGCUGAGGUUGCCAUCAUCGAGUGCACUCGUACUGAUAGCGCCAUCGAAUUCACGACUGUCUCGUCAGGUAGCAUAGCGGAUCGAAGUGCCCGUAUGAUUGAUCAAGGCAUCGAUGCAUUAGUUGAUCCGGAUGCAAAUUAUGUCGUGAUUAGACUCUACCACGGUCUCCUCAAUGUAAUCCCCCUGCGUGGCCUUGGCGAUAAGACAAAUUCUUCAGAUCUUCUUGAGGGCAGCCAUCCGGCCUUGAGAGCACACAGCGUGAGAAUAGAGGAGGGCAACAUUGUCGCUAUGGCUUUUCUUCAUGGCUACAAUUUGCCCACCUUUUCCCUGAUAUAUGAGGAUGAAGUGGUUUUGCACAUGAAGACCUACGAGAUCUUUGGUAGGGAGCCGGCUUUCCGCUCUGUUCCCCCCACACUCGACUCCAUCGAACCCGACUCGAAACUUCUCAUCCCUGUACCGGCGCCCUACGGUGGUCUGAUUUUGGCCGGGGACAACAUCAUCUGCUACCACUCCAAGGACGGCCCCCACAUAUCUCAAUACAUUCCACAAACUAAGGCCAGCCAAGUUCUAUGUUACGCUCAGGUGGAUGCUAAGCGCUACCUCCUGGGUGAUAUGGCGGGUCGACUGUACAUGAUCCACCUCCUCCUUGAUGAACCCGUAUCUGCAGCGGGCUCAUCCUCUCUCGUACAAAGCCAGAAUUCAACCGCUGCUGCUUCUCAUCGUAUCGGCUCAAUUCGCAUUGAGCUGUUAGGUAUGUGCACAACUUUUGCAUUCCCCUCGAAAGUCUACUCAGCUGACUUUGAUUGA